AUGCGAUUGAAUGAUACUGAGGAAUGCGUCCCUCUGAGCCCCGACGCUCAACUUAUUGAACUCGAAACUCGUAGGCGUCAACUUGACUCCUCGAAGUACGAUCGGAUCAACGAGUAUAUAAAUGAGUUCCGCGAUAUCCGCUUGCAAACCAAGCGACUCGGGAUUGACAACCCAGAGGCACAGUGGGUAACACUUUUCAUGGCUGGCCUGGACUCUAAGUGGAACCUUUUCAAGACCAUCCAGAGAGCCGGCCGCACUGUCAUGAGAAUCGGCUCUGACACGACCACUCCGCUCAUGAAGGUCGAUGACCUCAUCCGAGCCAUUCUGACCGAGGAGUCCGACAACCGUGGAGAACAACCGUCCUUCGAAUUCAGCUCAGGUGAAGACAUCACCGUGAAGAUUCCUUUCUGCUCCCACUGCGGCACCGUGUGGCACAAGAAGUCCGAGUGCUACCAGCUCUACCCACACCUGAAUCCAAAGACAGACAAGAAGGAGCAGAAACGGCGUCGCGCUGACACAGCUGGUAAUGCACAACCUACCGAGUCGGUCAUGAUGGCCCUUGACUCUUCCGCGAUCGCCAACUAG